AUGCUCAAUAAAAGAAUGCAUUCCUGGAAUCUGACCAUCAAAAUAACUUUCCUCUCACAAACUACAACUGGACUUCUGGGAAAUUUUUCUCUGUUUUACUACUAUUUGGUCUAUUAUGGAGAAUGCAAAUUAAAGACUAUAUAUUUGAUUCACAUCCAUCUAAUAUCAGCCAACACCUUGAUUGUACUCUCUAGAGGAGUGCCCCACACAAUGGCAGCUUUUGGGUUGAAGCAGUUUUUAAAUGAUUUUGAAUGCAGAUUACUUUUGUACAUUGAAAGAGUUGGCCGCAGUAUGUCUAUUGGUGCCACCUGCCUUUUGAGUGUGUUGCAGACCAUCAUCAUCAGUCACAAGGAAUUCUGUUGUAAGGACCCAAAAGCCAAAGCUUCUAAGUACAUUGGCUGCUCCAUCGGCCUCCUCUGGGUCUUGUACAUCUUGAUAAACUUAAUUUUCUUUCUGUACCCAAUUCUCAGAAGGUAUAGUAAUAAUGUGACAAGAAAACAAGAUUUUGGACACUGCUCCACUCUAAGGUGGAAUGAAAUCAGUGCCUCACUCUAUGCAGCUCUGGUGGUGUGCCCUGAAAUACUGUUUUCUUUGCUUGUGGCCUGGUCCAGUGGCUGCAUGAUUGUCUUUCUGUACAGACACAAGAAGAGGGUUCAACACAUCCGUAGCACUCAUGGUUCCAGGAGAAACUUCCCUGAGUCCAAAGCUACGCGUCACAUCCUGGUCCUGGUGUGUACCUUUCUGGCUUUUUAUACUCUCUCCUCCAUCUUACAAGGCUGCAUGGCUCUUUUGUAUAAUCACAGUUGGUGGCUUGUGAACAUCACUAACCUCACUUCUCUGUGUUUUCCUUGUUUUGCACCCUUUCUCCUUAUGAAUCAUUACUCCAUGGUACCAAGACUUGAUUUUCUCUGGAUGAGGAAUGUAAACUCAUGUAUUCCUAAGUAA